ACCUGCUCGCUUUCUGCAGGAAAACUUAAUAUAGAAAGCAGCUGAAAAAUAGUGAGUUGCCUUUGAAAGUUGAAGCAGAUAGUUAUAAAGGAGAUCUCUACAUAUCGAGUCUAGCUUAAGCUCCAUUGAUUGGUUAUAAUUCAUGUACGUACGGACUAAUCAAAGGAAGCCAUACAAUUAAUUAAGAAGAUGACGUCCAAAUUAAUAAGAAAAAGGCAGUUCCAAUCACAUUAGAUUCGAACUUAUAAGGGUAUCCAUGGAUAGAUUGAUUAGGGAUAAUCCCCACUUCGGAGGUCUUUCAUUAUGAACAAGAGUUGGAUGCAUAUCACCGAUAGACUGAAAUCCAAGGAAUAUGCCAAAGGCGUUAAAGAGUUCAUUACUUUUGCUCGAUCUCAUGCUAUCGGCUGUGACAAAAUUCGUUGUCCAUGUAGGUUGAGCUCAAAUAAUUAUUGGCUACCUAUAAGCACGAUAGAACGUCAUUUGUUCAUUAAAAGGAUUGAUCCAAAUUACACGGCAACGAGGAAGCUUUAUCUGUUAGUGAUGAUUAUGAUUUGCAAGAAUUCAAACUUGAUGAUGAAUACAUUGAUGACACUGAUGUCAUGUUGGAAGACAUUCGGGCUGGGAAAUUCGGAGAUGUUGCUUCAACUGAGUCAUUCCAUGCUGGGGGUUCCACACCGGUCAAAACUCGGAAACGUGGGCGUGGACUAGGUAAGAGCACAUCUUUUGACCAACUGAGAAAGCAUGGAAAGAUAUCUCUGAAGAUCAAGGAUGGGGAGACAGCACCUUGUUGUGAAAACUGUGCAAUGUUUACAACAAGGGUUACAUGGAUAUUGAAGCACCAUGGUGACUUGAGCCACCCCAAUUGGCACGAUGUUCCAAAUCAUGAGAAGGACAAAUUGGUUACUCGUGUUCGGGCUGACUUCAGCCUAGACUGGUCAAAAAAGAAUCAUCGCUCAACGGUGAUGAAGACACUUCGGAAGAGAUUCAAUGCAAUUCGGUAUGAUUUGCAUAAAAUCUACAUGCAGUACAAUACCCAUGAAGAAGCACUCGCGAAUGGGACGGAAAUGGUGAACCCACAAACGUGGGAGAAGUUAUGUGCAAGAUGGUCAAGCAAGGGCUUCAAGAUGAUAUCUGAUCGAAAUAAAUGUAAUAGGCAGAAGCAACAAACUAAUCACACUGCUGGAAGAACCUCAUUUGUGCGGUUACUGGAAAUGAGGUAAGAGACUGAGCCUAAUCUGAUUGAUUUCUUUAAAGAUGUUCGGUGGUCAAAGAAAAAAGGGAAAUUUAUGACUCCCAUGACUGGAGCAUUAUAACUUGAUGGUUGCAAAGUUAGACCAGCUGGAGCCUGAAAACUGCACUAAAGAGGCGGCAGCAGAAAUUUUUAGGGAGGUCUUGGGCCACAGGCCAGGGUAUGUAAGGGGAUUGGGAGAGAUGGUUAUGCCUAAGCCAUCCAAACAUAACACUGAAGAAGGGAUUACAAAAUUAGCAGCAGCUGCAGAAAAGCAUGAGAAAGAUGCCCAGUAUUACAAGAGCCUACUGGAUGAAUUAAGAGGGGAUGUAAGGGUACUCUUGGAGAAGCAAGCAAAGUAUGAUAAAUUUUUGAGUACAUACAUGUCAAAAAGGCAGUCCCAUGGAGAGUCUCAUAGAGAGGCUGAUCAGGGAGCUGCAUAGCUUCUGCUUUUGCGAAAGAAACAAUUUUUUGCUAUUUUGGGUUUGGUCCUGACCAAACUUGCAUAUACCAUCAUUCCUCAAAGAUCUAAUAUUUUGUUUGUAGUCAGAUUGUUGUGGGGCUGUCAGGAUUUUUUUGGAAUGUUCUUUUGGAGCUGCUAUACUUAUGUGAUGGGUUGUGCAUGGUGUUGCAAUUGGAAGUCAAACCUGAUCAGCUUUGUGUUGGCUCAAUAUAGUAACUGGCAACAUACUUACAUGAAGAAGCUGGGUGGGUUGGUCAACACCAUUGAGAAGCACGUACAGAAGAUAUGGACUGAAUAUGGAUGAGCAGCAUGGUUAGAAAGAAUUAGUAUGGUACAUGUGAUCUUCAAUUGUGGCUAUUUGGAAGAUACUUUUGUGUACUUAGAACAAAUUGGGUUGUAUGGUAUCUUGGUGACAUUUUUAUGAAUGAGUGUUAUAAAUAGUUUCAAGAUGUUUAGAUUAUUUGUCAGUGUCAUGAAUGAAUGUUGGUACAGGGAGCGGCCGAGUAUUUAUUGCUUUGGCCAAA